ACAGCCUUCAUAAACCCUACUGGCCACUAUGAAUACGGCGUGAUGCCGUAUGGACUUGUUAACGCCCCCUCCUUCAUCCUCGUCUACAUAGAUGAUAUCCUCAUAUACUCCCGGAGCCUGGCAGAACAUCAACGCCACGUUGCAGAGGUCCUGCAACGCCUGAGGGCCUUUCAACUCUAUCUCAAGGCCGAAAAGUGCUCUUUCCAUCAGCCCUCAGUGCAGUUCCUUGGAUACAACAUCAGCAGCAGUGGCAUCCGGAUGGAAGAGGGGAAGGUAAAUGCCAUCAGAGAUUGGCCCACUCCUACCACCAUCAAAGAGUUACAAUGGUUCCUUGGCUUUGCCAACUUCUAUAGAUGGUUUAUCCAAAACUUCAGUACCAUCACCAGCCCUCUCACCAGUCUCCUCCUUAACAAACCCAAAUCUCUCCCCUGGACUCCUGCCGCCACAGAGGCCUUCCACACCCUCAAAGAGGCCUUUACGACCGCCCCACUCCUGGUUCAUCCCGACCCCGACCGACCCUUCGUCGUGGAAGUCGAUGCCUCAACCACCGGAGUGGGAGCGGUCCUUUCUCAGCAGCAGGGGAAUCCCAGUCACCUCCACCCAUGCGCCGCCUUCUCCCAGGAACUCAACCCGUUGGAGGUCAACUAUGAUAUCGAUGUCCCCGCCAUCGACUACUGGAUCCGGGAGAGCAAGAGGGUCUGGGAUGCGGCACACCACCAACUCCAGCGGGCCUUACGCAGACGCAGAACGACAGCCGACCUUCGCCGAUCUGAGGCCCCAAGCUGUGUGCUUUCUCUGAGCCUCAUCUUACUCCUUUAA